AAACCUCUUUGAUCAACCAGGAACCGCAGGGAUAUUGACUGACAUUCUCCAUAUUACUUGCGACCUCGUACAGAUAGUCAGGUCCACUUGGUACUUGCAAGCAAGCAUCGACAAGAACCAAAGAAUGUUACUUUCGACAAAGCCUAGUGACUCGUGUUGGUUGGCCAGAUUGAUAUUUAAAAGCUGACGGGUUUCCUUCUUCGGUGGAUUUUCUAUUAUUUACAUAGUCACUUGUCCAAGACAUUGCAAAGAUGCGCGUUUCUUCCUUUUUAGCCACCUUAGCCAGCACUAGCAUCGCGUCCGCGGCGGUAAUGCGGCUUGCUGCCGACUCCAUAAGCUGGAGCUGGACCGUAACUGGGUGGAGUGCCGGAUGCGCAAAACAAUGCAAUUAUGAUUUCAAUGUGACCGGUGUUGGAAACCAUAGUGAUAAGCCGGCGACGCCUUCUUUCAAAGCUCACUGCAGUGGGCAGGGAGAGGGUGCAGCCUACGAGGCUUGCACUGCGCUUGGAGAAUCCGAGACCGAAUUUGCAGUUGUUGCGAAGCUCCUUUCAAGUAACAACAACACGUCCAACGGAACAUCGCAUCGACCCCGUAUCCAAGUUAGUUUGAAGUAUACCGAUUUGGAUUCGCCAACGACGUGGUGGAACUACACAGGAAAGGCCGAGGCAUCAUACAACCAAUAUGCGGCGUCGGUUUUGAACUUCACCAUUACCCCCGAUGAAGUUUUUGGUGUAGCGUAAAGGGGAGUUGCCUAGGGAUAACGUACGCCAUAUGUCGAGUGCGACUUGUGAGCGUACUUGUGGUGGGCUAUCGACAUGAGUAAAGGAGUACUUGUGUUGCCAAUUUGGACACCUCGCUGGUGACUGAUGCACAACGCAUUAACUGGCAACGACCAAUACUCGCUGUGAAAUCUCCUUGUCUGUAAGGGGAGCACAGACAACUGAG